GGCCGUCGGCGCCGCCGCUGCCCGCAUGAAGCACUCGUUGUACGAUGUCCAGAAGAAGGCGGAGGAGGGGGAGCAGGUGCCGCCCCCUCUGCAGCCGCCGCCUCCGAGGCCCAGCAAAGCAUGUCUGUGGGCCCUGCUGAUGCUCUGCAUGGUCCUCAUGCUGACGCUGGCGGUUACGCUGGCCAUGAUCCUCGUCACCAGAGAUGGUCCGCUGUCACUCUGGGAGAAGACGGCGAGCAAAUCUGAGUCGAAGUCAGCCGCUGAAUGGAACGCGAAAACCACCAAGCACUCAGCGACCCACCCUCAAGUGACAGACACCGAGGCAGGCGCGGUGGUACCGACACCUAACGGUCGUAGCACAAAACACGUCGAGAAAGAGGACGCUGCGAUCGCCACGACCGAGUCGCCCUUGCGGCCGGUCAUUCCGCCGCCAUCCGUGAAGACGCCAACCGCGAAGGUUUGGGUCGACGUGAAAGAAGUUAUCUAUGUUUAUCCCCGACGACCGAAGCCCUCCUCGAGUGACAGUCUUAAUAAUGGCCAAACGAACACCGCUGCUCCCAAGGUGAAGAAGAAGCCAGACACUGUGGAUGCGUCUGCAAACCCGAACAAAACGAAGUCAGACGAUAAGGAAAAGCACCAGAAAGACGAAAACGACGAACUGUUUGCGCAGUUUUGGCCAAUUUUUACCGACAUGAUGGCGGAUGCCGGGAAGGAGGUCGGCUCAGUCCUCCGUCGCUUCUUGCCUGACCUCAACGCCGGCCAGACAAGUCGUCCGUCGCAGCCAAAGGCGUCCGGGACAUCCAGCAAGCCAGCAGCGCCGCCUAGCGCGGGGCCUCGCUCGCGCCCGGCUGCGGACGCCGGCACCCCCCGACACCCGCCUCCCGCCCGAGUCUCAGACCCGCACGCCCCAGUCGCCGGUGGAGGGCAGAUCGGAGCCACACGCCGAGCCGCGCAGUCGACGCCACAGACGGGUAUAACCGGGCGACGACCCACUUGGCGUGCCUUGUCAUGAUGAACGGUAUCGGUGAGCAUGGAAGGUGUGCCGUGUAGUCCGUCCUGUGGCUGUCUUGCAUGCGCGCCGUCAAAGUCGAUGCAUAUUUGAGCUGAUAUGCUCAAAUAUGCAUCACGUUUAGGGCUGCUCGUUUCCUGACAUGCGAAAUCAUAUGCUCGUAACCACCACUGGGACCAGGAGGGGUUUCCUGACCAUGGCAUGUUACCGCAAUAUUGGGCUAUUUUCGUGCUGUGACCACAUAAAACAUCAGGGCUGGUUGGAUCUCAGGAAUGUUGAUACGUGCUUGAAUCCUGGUCCGGAAUGUCGCUUGCCGUGUCUGUUUUAGGGUGCAUACUUGAAUCUGGGACUGUUUUGGGUUUGCAUUUGGGGACGUGGGCUAGAUCGUUUGGUGUAUCUGUACCAAUGGUAUUGCGUUAGGACUUUCAACCGGAAAGCUGGGGUCUAGCUUCUUUAAAGCAAACACGUGGUGAAAUGCGAUGAAAGCUACAUGUAAUAAUUUUCCGCAAUCUAAUGACAAUUUGCAGUUUGUACUUGUAUGGAGCAAUACAUUCUCAUAACGCA